AUGCUGGAAAAACGGAGUGAUGCCAAAGCAAUCUUUGAUAAUGAAUAUCGUAGCGAUUCAGAAGAACAAGAUCGAAAUUUAUUCAAGCUAUUCAAUAAACGGCUCGUAAAACGUCAAACUACGUGUUCAAAGCCUUAUCAUGUUCUGACUUCGGAUAAUCGAUGUGUUUGGAGUUGUGGUGAAGGCACUCAACCUGAUAGCACAACUAACGAAUGUGUCUGUCAAGUUGGAUAUUACCAAACUGGCACUGAUCAAUUUGGAAGAAGAGUUUGUACUAUUUGUCCAACACCAUAUCAUGUUUUAACUUCGGAUAAUCGAUGUGUUUGGAGUUGUGGUGAAGGUACUGAACCUGAUAGCACAACUAAUGAAUGUGUCUGUCAAGUUGGAUAUUAUCAAACUGACACUGAUAAAUUUGGAAGAAGAGUUUGUACCAUUUGUCCCACACCAUAUCAUGUUCUGACUUCGGAUAAUCGAUGUGUUUGGAGUUGUGGUGAAGGUACUGAACCUGAUAGCACAACUAAUGAAUGUGUCUGUCAAAAUGGAUAUCAUAAAACCGGUACUGAUCAAUUUGGAAGAAGAAUUUGUUCACCAUAA